AUGGCCUUGUUGCGCGAGCACCUCGACCUCAUCCGCGCCCACCUCCUCGACGACCACCACGACGCCAUGAGCUCCGAUGACUCGGCGUCGUCCCAGUCGCCAUCGCCCUCGCCGCCGGGGCGUAGCAGGCCGCUGCCAGCGCUUUCCGUCUCGCUGCCGCCGAGGCCGGCGGUCGCCCUGCAGCAGCAGCAGCAGCUGUGGGCGGCGCCGAUGCAGAUUCAUCAGCAGGAGCAGCACUACUGCUACCCGGCGGAACCCGAGGAGGACGACUUCCGGCGGUACCGCGGCGUGCGGCAGCGGCCGUGGGGCAAGUACGCGGCCGAGAUUCGGGACCCCGCGCGGAUGGGCGCGCGCGUGUGGCUGGGCACCUACGACACCGCCGUGGAGGCCGCGCGCGCCUACGACCGCGCCGCGUUCCGCCUGCGCGGGUCCAAGGCCAUCCUCAACUUCCCCAACGAGGUCGCGUUCGGCACCGCCGCACGGUGGGCGGCGGCGCCUGCUGCUGCUCAGCCCGGCGUGACCGUGGCCGGUGGUAACAAGAGGCCGAGGUCGACGCAGGAGCAGGACGCCGGGUGCUUGGUCAGGGAGGUGAAGAAGGAGCGGGUUCAGGACCCCGCAGCGGGUUGUGGUUGGGAUGGCAUGGAUGUGGCGGCAAGCGGAGCGGCGGACUACUUCUGGGAGGACGAGUCGCUGAAGGGGGCCAUCUGCAGCCUGCCGCCGCUCUCACCGUUGUCGCCGCACCCGCACCUUGCCGUCCCGCAGCUCUCCGUCAGCUGA